AUGUGGUCCAGUCAAAUGAGAGUUCUGAAGUAUUACGCCUGGGAAUCAUCUUUUGAGGCUCAGGUUCAGGAAAUUCGAGAGAAGGAGCUGAAGGUGAUGAGGAAGUUUGCCUACCUCUCAUCGGUCUCCACCUUCAUUUUUUCAUGUGCUCCAGCUAUUGUGUCUCUGGCGACCUUCGCUGUGUUUGUGUCUGUGGGUCCUGAUAACAUCCUGGAUGCAGAGAAAGCUUUUACCUCCAUCUCACUCUUUAACAUACUGCGCUUACCACUCGCCAUGCUUCCAGAGCUGAUUUCCGUCAUGGUUCAGACCACUGUGUCUAAGAAAAGACUCGAGAAAUUUCUGAGUGGUGAUGAUCUGGACACAAUGGCGGUAACGCGUGAUGACAGCCACAGUGCCGCCAUGAGCAUGACUUAUGGCACAUAUGCCUGGGAAAGAGACACAGAACCAGUUCUGAAAAACGUCUCUCUGGACAUUAAACCGGGUCGUCUGGUGGCAGUGGUUGGGGCUGUAGGGUCUGGAAAGACGUCGCUGAUAUCCGCUCUGCUGGGAGAACUGCACAGCCUCAGGGGUCGCAUUAAUAUCAAAGGGUCUGUAGCGUAUGUGCCGCAGCAGGCCUGGAUUCAGAACAUUACUCUGAAGGACAACAUCUUGUUCGGCUCUAAUCUGGAUGAGGAGCAUUAUCUGUUUGUGUUGGAUGCGUGUGAGCUCGGGCCAGACCUGGAUCUUCUGCGAGGAAGAGAUCAAACUGAGAUUGGAGAGAAGGGCAUCAAUCUGAGCGGGGGACAGAAACAGCGGGUGAGUCUAGCCAUGGCAGUCUACAGCUCUGCAGACGUGUACCUUCUAGAUGACCCACUGUCUGCUGUAGACUCACAUGUGGGAAAACAUCUGUUUGAGAGGGUGAUUGGACCCAAAGGACUGCUCAAAGACAACACUCAUAUCCUGGUAACACAUGGGAUCAGCUUCUUGCCAUAUGUAGAUGAGAUCAUUGUAUUGGUAAAUGGGGUGGUGUCCGAGGUAGGAUCAUACGACGGUCUUCGAGCCAGUAAAGGAACUUUCUCUGAAUUCCUGGAAACGUACGGCGAAGACGAAAGCAACAACGCUGAUGCCAGAAAAGCAUCAGCUCAGGAGUCAGACUAUGAGCAGAUUGACACACUGCCGGAGGGUUUGGAGCCACAGGCUGAUGACUCUCCUGAAGACAUUGUCUCAAGCACACUAAAGAGAGAAAACAGCCUGCGCCACAGCCAGCGGCACAGCAAACGAAAUGGAAGUGUGAGAGUGAGGAAAAACAGCUCUGUUCGGUCCAAAAAAGACUCUGGCGAUAAGAAGGGACAGCGACUGAUUGAGAAAGAGGCGAUGGAGACAGGAAGGGUGAAAUUCUCAGUGUAUCUUCAGUACAUGAGGUCUAUGGACUGGUGUUUCGUCACCUGGAGUUUCCUGUUCUACUUCAUCCAGAAUGUGGCCAUCAUUGGUCAAAACCUGUGGCUCAGUGACUGGACUGAGGAUUCUGUAGAAUAUUUCAACACAACCUACCCAGCUUACAUUAGAGACAUGAGAAUAGGUGUCUUCGGAGCCCUGGGAUUGGCACAAGGUUUUCUGGUGUUUUUUGGCACUAUACUCAUAGCUGAUGGAUCCAUUUCUGCAUCCAGGACUCUACACACAAAUCUGCUGUCUAAUAUUCUGAAAGCACCCAUGGUGUUCUUUGAUACCACACCUUCAGGACGAAUAGUCAAUCGUUUUGCCAAGGAUAUAUUUACAGUGGAUGAGAUGAUCCCGAUGUCCUUCAGAUCCUGGAUUCUCUGUAUUCUGGGAGUUCUAGGGACCUUGUUCGUUAUCUGUCUGGCUACUCCAAUCUUCACCGCAGUUGUUGUACCAAUGGCUGUUGUCUACUACUUUGUCGAGAGGUUCUAUGUUGCUACAUCCAGGCAACUCAGACGACUGGACUCUGUAUCUCGAUCACCCAUAUACUCACACUUUGGAGAAACCAUAUCAGGCCUCUCUGUGAUAAGGGCAUAUGGGCACCAGCAACGUUUCCUAAAGCAAAAUGAGGACUCCAUUGAUCAGAAUCUCAAAAGUGUCUAUCCUUUGUUUGUUUCUAACAGGUGGCUGGCCAUGCGUUUGGAAUGCCUGGGGAAUCUGGUGGUGUUUUUCGCAGCUUUGUUUGCUGUGAUCUCUCGUGACUCUUUGAAUAGUGGAUUGGUUGGACUGUCCAUCUCAUACGCCUUAAGCGUGACUCAAAUUUUGAACUGGCUUGUGAGAAUGACAUCAGAAUUGGAGACCAACAUUGUUGCUAUGGAAAGAGUGAGGGAGUACACAGAGAUCAAAAAUGAGGCUCCAUGGAUCACCAGUAAUCGUCCUCCAGAUGACUGGCCCACUGCUGGGAAUAUUCGUUUUGAUAACUAUAAAGUUCGAUACCGGCCUGAACUGGAGCUCAUUCUCCAUGGAAUCACAUGUGACAUUGCAAGCACUGAGAAGAUUGGCAUUGUUGGUCGAACUGGUGCAGGCAAAUCCAGUCUGACCAACUGUUUGUUUCGCAUUAUUGAAGCUAGUGAAGGUCGAAUCCUCAUUGAUGGUAUUGACAUCUCCACCCUGGGGCUUCAUGAUCUCAGGAGCAGACUUACCAUCAUUCCACAGGACCCAGUACUCUUCUCUGGAACUCUGCGGAUGAACCUGGACCCUUUCGAGAAGUCUAGUGAUGAGGAGAUAUGGACGGUUCUGGAGCUGGCUCAUCUCAAAGAUUAUGUCAGGGGUUUGCCAACAGGACUUCAACACGAGGUCUCGAAGGGUGGAGAGAAUUUGAGUGUUGGUCAGAGGCAGCUGCUGUGUCUCGCCCGGGCCUUGCUCAGGAAAUCCCGUAUACUGAUCCUGGAUGAAGCCACCGCAGCCGUGGAUCUGGAGACAGACGAUCUCAUCCAGAACACCAUCCGCACAGAGUUUUCCCACUGUACCGUGCUUACCAUCGCACACAGGCUGAGCACCAUUUUAGACAGUUCACGGGUAAUGGUCCUGGAUUUUGGUAAAAUCGUGGAGUUUGAUUCGCCCAGUGUAUUGCUUAACAACAAACAGGGACAUUUCUAUGCGAUGGCUAAGGAUGCUGGAAUCAGAGGAGAAACGAGUACACCUAAAAAUAUGUCCACUGACCUAUGAUGUUUUCUCUUUUAAAACUUUUGCUUGAGGACCAAAAAAGGAAAUGUUACGCAAUUACAAUAUUAUUUCUCUAUAAUCCUGUUGUUUUUUGUUGAUGUGUUGACAUGGAUUUAUAUGUUGUGGCAAUACAGUUGAUUAAAUUUUGCACAAUUUGGAAACCA